AUCCUAAGCAAAACAAAUGUUUUAAAUUAUUUUGUGGUGGUUUCAAAAAAUACACACAUUCCAAAUGAGAAUCCCUGGACGCAUUAAAUGCAAGCUGCUUGCAUUGGUGGCUAUUAUAGUACUCAUUUUUAUUGGCACAAUUUUUUUCACGAAUAAUGUAAAAGGCGAUGAAUUCUUGACUCUUCUUAGUUGGGACGAGAGCGACAUGAAUUUCGAAAUUCAUGGACAACAAUUACCAAACUUAACAAAUUUUGCAUACACAUUAGAAAAUAAUUUAUGCAAUAAUAAAAAAGAAUUCUUAGCAAUUAUAAUUGUGACUUCAUAUGCUGGACAUGAUGAAUUGCGUUCUGCGCACCGGCAGGCUAUUAGCCAAGUUAAACUUGCUGAACUAGGUUUUAAGCGUGUAUUUCUUUUAGCUGAAAUACCAAAAACUGAACAUUUCAUCAAUCAAAAUCAACUGCAAAAUGAGCAGGAACGCUUCGGCGAUUUAUUGCAAGGCAACUUCAUGGAGGGAUAUCGCAAUCUGAGCUAUAAACAUAUUAUGGGCUUACGUUGGGCAGCAAUUGAAUGCAAGCAAGCAAAAUUUAUUAUUAAAAUAGAUGAUGAUAUUGUGUAUGAUGUAUUUCAACUACGUCGCUAUUUGGAAUUGUUAGAAGUGCAACACGCAGAAUUGGCUUCAUCUGACAAUCUAUUAUCUGGUUAUGUUUUACGUAAUACAAAACCCCAACGUAAUAUUGCCAACAAAUGGUUCGUUUCUUCGCAAGAGUAUAUUGGCGAUAUCUAUCCUGAUUAUUUAUCCGGCUGGCUUUAUAUAACGAAUUCAGCAACUGCUACAAAACUAGUAUAUGAAGCACAGCAAAGUAAUUUUUUUUGGAUUGAUGAUACUUGGGUAACUGGAAUUCUACGUGAAAAGCUAAAAAUUCCAAUACAAACUUUGAAUGCUUGGUACUCUGCUAAUUCGGAAUUUCUUGAUUGCUGUGUACGUGACCUGAAGCAAUAUAAUUAUGAGUGCGAAUAUUUUGUUGGUCCAAAUGGAGGCGACAAUAAAUUAAUUGUAGAAUUUUUACACAACGUAGAGAAAUGCUAUUUUGAUGAAUGUACGAAGCGUGCGCCAGACAAAUCAUUAAAACAAACUUGUGUGGCUAGUGUAAAAAAUGUCAUACCCGGUCACGGUGAAGCACACAUUAAGCAACUAACACGUGUAUAGUAUCAAAUUGCUUAAAUAAGUUAAUAUCUUCAUUCUCAAAUUUUCUCGAAACUACUCGAGACUACAAAACCGUCCCAGUUUUAGAUUAACUAUGUAUUAAGUAUAGUAACUGUUAUAAAUACUCAUAUUUGCAAUAAGCAUUAGCACUUGUUAAAAAAAUAAGUGCUAU